CUCCAGUCACGGGGCGGGUCUCCAGGUGCCGCCCGCGAGGUGCUCGGGCUGCCGUCUCCCCUCCCGUCAUCCCAAUUUGUGAUUACCCCUUUUCUGGUCUAAUGGCCCCCGCAUAUUUUAUUUUUCAGUCCUCGCACAAUUCUUCCAUUUCUUUAUUUUUCACAUUAUAUUAAUCGCAUCUAAAGCAAACCCAGUUUAUCUUUUUUUAAAACUUGCUUCGUCUUUCACUGUCUUCCCCUGGCACUCUUUCUUUGGAGACACCAAGCGACCUAGGCAUCCCCUAGCAUACUGUACCUGCGACGUCAGGGCGGCUAACUUGUCUCAUAAAUUAAGGCCUGUUUUCCUUCAGAGGAUUAAUUUGGGCAUCAUUCUCUUGGCAAAGCUAUCGAUUCACUCUGGAUUUUGUCAAGUGUGUAAAAUGCACUUGGGAAUCACAGAUUUUAGAGCUAAAAGGGGCUUUAUGGAAAACCCAGUUCAUUUCUCAUUUUACAGAUGAAGACACCAGGCCUAAAGAACGCAUAGCUUGAUGGAGAUCUUACAUGUCUUGAACUGGUUGCCAGAUUCCGGGUGCCUUGGUCUUUUUGAGUCCCAACACUGCAGAACUACCGUGCCAUUUUGACCCACUCUGUAGAGACUGUUCACCAGAGGUGAUUAUAUUCAGCUUUUAAGAAAGCAGACUUGGCCUGUGUGAUGCCUCUGGUAUUUUAAGGAGUGAGGUUGGCACGAUUUCUAAGUGGAAUAGAUCCUCCUUGAUAGACUUUGGAGCUCUGUCACCACACGGAUUCAGCCCUGUUCUCUGCAAGAAUGACCAAUGUUUGCAGUAUCGGUUGCUUCCUUAAGUUAAGGCAUCAAAGUCCUUAGCAAUCUGGAUGUUUUAAUUAAGAAUGAACUAUUAAUCCAUUAUGAGAAAUCGACUCCUAAAUAGGCAACAGAAUACCGAUCGCAUAGGACAUGGUGUAGGUUAGUUCUGUCGCAGAAAGCUAUGGAACAUUGCGGGGAUGAUCAACAAGAAAGAAGGAAGGGGCCUCAUGUGAUUUGCUAUACCUUUUUGCCCUGACUGAACGUCUUAAUUGGAGAUAGUGCAGAUGGAUUCUACCGAGAGCCACAAUGGACACAGCUAGCCAUAGCCUUGUCCUUCUGCAACAGCUCAACAUGCAACGAGAAUUUGGUUUUCUGUGUGAUUGCACAGUUGCUAUCGGAGAUGUUUAUUUCAAAGCCCACAGAGCAGUGCUUGCUGCUUUUUCUAACUAUUUCAAGAUGAUAUUUAUUCACCAAACAAGUGAAUGCAUAAAAAUACAACCAACUGACAUCCAACCUGACAUAUUCAGCUAUUUGUUGCACAUUAUGUACACGGGGAAAGGGCCGAAACAGAUUGUGGAUCAUAGUCGUUUGGAGGAAGGGAUUCGAUUUCUUCAUGCGGACUACCUUUCUCACAUUGCAACUGAAAUGAAUCAAGUGUUCUCACCGGAGACUGUACAGUCCUCAAAUUUGUAUGGCAUUCAGAUCUCAACAACCCAAAAAACGGCUGUCAAGCAAGGACUAGAGGUCAAAGAAGCUCCUUCCAGUAACAAUGGAAACAGAGCUGCUGUUCAGGGUGACCACCCCCAGUUGCAGCUUUCUCUUGCAAUUGGGCUGGAUGAUGGCACUACAGACCAGCAGAGGGCCCAUCCUGCCACCCAGGCCUUGGAGGAGCACCCGAAGCCCCCAGUGUCCAUCAAGCAGGAAAGAUGCGACCCAGAAUCUGUGAUCUCUCAGAGCCACCCUUCACCUUCUUCGGAAGUGACAGGUUCUACUUUUACCGAAAGCAGCAUCAAAAUACACUUAUGCCAUUACUGUGGGGAACGUUUUGAUUCCCGUAACAACCUAAGACAACAUCUCCAUACACAUGUGUCUGGAUCCCUCCCAUUUGGUGUCCCUGCUUCCAUCUUGGAAAGUAAUGACCUUGGUGAAGUGCAUCCACUUAAUGAAAACAGUGAGGCUCUUGAAUGCCGCAGGCUAAGCUCCUUCAUCGUCAAGGAGAAUGAACAGCAACCUGACCACUCAAACCGGGGUACCACAGAACCUUUGCAGAUUAGUCAAGUGUCUUUGAUCUCCAAAGACACUGAACCAGUAGAAUUAAACUGUAAUUUUUCUUUUUCAAGGAAAAGAAAAAUCAGCUGUACCAUCUGUGGUCAUAAAUUUCUGCGAAAGAGCCAAUUGCUAGAACACAUGUAUACACACAAAGGUAAACCUUAUAAAUAUAAUCGAUGCCAAAGGUUUGGUAAUGCAUUAGCACAGAGAUUUCAACCUUAUUGUGACAGCUGGUCUGAUAUCCCCCUAAAAAGUUCUCGUUUGUCGCAAGAACAGUUAGACUCAUCUUGUGCCUUAGAGUCAGAACUCACACAAGAAAAUGUGGACACUAUCCUAGUUGAAUAGCAGUUUCUCCUUCAGAAUUUUUAUAUCAAUUCUGAAAUAGAAAAUUCAUCUGCAUAUUUUCAUUUAUAAAUUAUUUUCCUCC